AUGCAUAUAAUCGGGGAAAGGUCAGAAAACACUGAGCUUCUCAAUGAGAGAAAGUAUACUUAUGCCGAGUACAAGGUGCCAGAAGUAAGAAGCAGAAGUAACACAGGCCGUAGUACUAUCAACUGGAGGAGAGCAAGUCACCGAGUUCUCUUCGACAUUGAUCUAUGUACUUAG